CUGAAGGACCAAGAAGAGACAUUUCUCCCAGCAGAAAGAGUCACCUUUGGGGCUGCAGAGCUGUCCAUUGCUUCUGCAGAAGAAAAAUCUGCUAAGCCUUUCUCAGACAAAGUUGAAGUUGACAGUCACCCUCCUGAAUUGGGUGACAUGCAGCAGCCAAUAAUAGACAGAGGAAACUCUUCCCGUACAUCUGCUGGACCACUCAUGCAGACACCUGCAUUGUCAGUGCAGAUGGACAGCCACACAGAAUCAGAUGACAUUGGAGAACCCAUUUCUCUCUAUUCGGAGGCUGCCUUUGAGGAAUCCAGUCAGCGUGCUAGUGAGCAUGGUGGUCGAACAUGGCAACAGGAAUACCAACAGCGUGGAGCUGAGGAAAUGGAAAUAAGUGGAAGAAGCAAGGAAACAGCGGAAGAAACACAGCUGGUUGUCUUGGAUCCAGAACAUCCUCUAAUGAGAAGAUUCCAGGCUGCCCUGAAGAAUUACCUUACCAAGCAGAUGGAAAAAGUGAACCUGGAUCUUCAGGAGCUGAGGACAGCCACAAAGAAGAGCAAAGUACAGAGAGAAGAGCUUGGAGUGAUUCUUUAUGGAGUCCAGCAGCAGCUGGCCCACCUACAGAUGGAACUGGAGAAGAGCCGUGACCGCCAUUCUCAAAUAGCCACAGUGCGUCAGCAGCUAGAAGAGGAAGUGGAGGGCCUCAGGCUUACUUACAAGAAAACACGUCAGAACACAGAUGACGAACGCAAGAAAGUUUCUGCAAUGCAGACCCAGGUGGAAAACCUGGCCUUAAAUCUCUUCUACAUGCAGAAUAUGGACCAGGAUAUGCAUCAUAAUAUUUUGCUGAUGAAACAGUCAACAAAAAAGGCUGAAGCAGAGAAGGUCCAGGCCGAGAUGGAAAAGAAAAAACAGGACCUUCUAGUGGACCGCUUAACAAGAAAAGCCUAUGAACUACAGGAACAGGUUGCUCUGUUUGAAGCUCAGAUUGUGGCCCAGGCAGAGGACACAAAAAUAACUCGACAAGCAGUAAACGAGGCUAGUAUGGAGGUACAGGCUAUUAACAUGGAGAAGAAGCGGUUGAUGAACCACUGGAAUAGUAGUUUGGCUGGAAUGAGGCAAAGAGAUGAGGCCUAUGCUGCCAUGCAGGACUUGCUGAGCAAGUACAGAGGUGAGCUCAGUACCCUAGAAACAGAGAUCCAUGGCUGCAGAAAGUCGAUCAGGAAGGAGGAGGAGAAGAAUGAGAUGCUCGCCACCAUCCUGAGCCGUUCUCAGAAUGAUGCUAAUAUGACGAAGAAAAUGAUUGCCCAGUGCCUUUCAAGGCAGGAGGCCUUGAAGGUUGAAUAUAGCACCUAUACUCGCAUUCUCCAUGAGACAGAGCAGGCCCUCAGUAGAACAAAGAUGGAUCAAGCUGCUCGUGCGAACGAGUUGCUAUCCAUCAGUAAGGAUAUAGAGAAAGGAACUGAUGCCAAAGAGCAACUGGAGAAUGAGAUCAUGGCAAAACUUCAGGAUCAGAUGAUGUCCAGCAAAGCAGCAAAGUACUUCUCACAGCUGGCUGAAAAACUUCGUAAGAGAAAAAUGGAUCUGGAGCUGCAUUUUUCCAAAGUUGAGAAUGAUACGGCCCAGGUAACUCUGAAUGCAACACAUGCUAACUGCAGGCUGGCGAUUCUCCAGAAAACACUUUCUGAGCUGGACAAGGAAAUUAAAAAUAUCCACGACCUGAUCAGCCGUAGUGAAAGCGAGAUCACAAAGCGCAAUCUCCUGAUUGAGAACAAGCAAGGGGUCAUCAACCUGUGCAACAAGAGGUUGGAGAUGAUUCUUUCCCAGCUUGGGGGGCAAGAGUUGGGACCACUGGAAGUUGAGAUCAACAGACUGACCAAGCAGAUAGAAGAAUGUAAUUCUGAGGUGAUGACACUGCAGAAGUACUGGCUCAAGCUGCAGAAAGAGCUAGUCAAAUUAACCCAUGGACGGGAGGAGCAGCUAGCCUCGUUGGACAUGUUAAAGAAGCAGAUCACAAUCAUGCAGCAGAAGAAAGUGCGCAUUGAAAAUGAAAUUCAGCUGGAAACAAAAGAGCAGAAAGACAUUGAACAUCACAUGAGGAACAUGUCGAACGACUUGAUAAAGUUAAAUACGUUGAUCAACAAGAACAGCAACAGCUUUGAGGAGUUGCAAUAUGCAAACAUUAUCACAGAGAAUGAGUUUGUACGCUCCCUCAAGGCAGCAGAAAAAGAAUCCAUUCAGAUGCAGGAGAAGCACAGUCAAUUGACUGAGGAAAAGGAAAGACUCCUGAACAGCUUGGUGGAAGCAGAGCAUCAAAUCAUGCUGUGGGAGAAAAAGAUCCAGCUGGCCAAAGAGAUGCGUUCAGCAGUGGAUUCUGAGACAGGACAAGGCGAAAUUCGAGCCAUGAGAACAGAGAUUCAUAGGAUGCGCGUCCGUUAUGGCCAGCUGAUGAAGCAGCAGGAGAAAAUGAUUCGUGAUAUGGAGGCAUCUGUCUCUCGUAGAGAGACCAUAGCAAUUCGUGGAGAAGGUCAGAACAAAACGGAUAAGAAACACAUCACCAAGAGUGACUUUCACCGCAAGAAACAGGAGCUGAGAAAGAAGAUUAGUGAAACGCAGAAGGUGAGCAAGUAAAGCACAGCUGCAAGAAUUCACUUAGCCUGCGUUUGCCUUGUAAUUAGGAAAACGAAUGCUCAAGACUGCAACAAAACUAUCAUGGAGCUGGAGAGCACCCAAGCAUCCCUUAGUGCCGCCUGCUUGAAAA